AUGGCGGCUGCCGUGGCGGGCCCACGUGGACGCGGGGCUGCGGCGGGCGAGGAGGCGGACAGUGAUUCUGAGUUAAGCUCAGGACUUCCAGAAGACAGCUACUCUUCAGGUGGUGAAGCCCUGGACGGUGAUGAUGAAGAUGAAAUGGCAGCCCUUGGCGAUGUGGCUGAAGAGGCAACAAGCUCCAAAGCUGGCCCAAGUGCAGGCUGGGCAGAUGCCAUGGCAAAAGUGCUCAACAAAAAGAUUCCGCAAAAUAAGUCCACCAUCUUGGCCAAGAAUAAAAAACUGGAGAAGGAGAGAGAAAAGGAAAAACAAGAAAGGCUGGAGAAGAGAAUGAAGCUUGAUAAAAAGCGGGAGUGGGAAAUGAUGUGCCGAGUGAAGCCAGAUGUUGUCAAAGACCGAGACAGAGAAAGAAAUCUUCAGAGAAUUGCCACAAGAGGUGUUGUACAAUUAUUUAAUGCUGUGAGGACACACCAGAAGAACGUUGAUGAGAAGGUGAAGAAAGCUGGGAGCUCUGACAGGCAGCGUGCUAAACUGCUGUCAUCUGUUUCGAAGAAAGAUUUCAUCAAUGUUUUAAGAAACAUGGAGGGUGGUAAAGGAAGCAAGAAUCCUGCUGGAAAGGCCACAAAAAGUAAACAGGGUGAAGUGAAGUCUGAGGAGGGGCCAGAAUGGAAUAUACUGCGUGAUGACUUCAUGAUGGGAGCAUCUAUGAAAGACUGGGACAAGGAAAGCGAUGGAGAGGGCAAUAUUGAACAAGGAGGUGGUCUGAAACAAGAAGAUGACAGUGACUGAAUGAAACUGAAAACCAUUCAAGAUAAUGUUUUAUCUUCUUAACUUUGUUUGGAUAAAAAGUCAGCAUUCUGUGAAUGUACAACACUUGG